UUUUAGAAGUGAUGCCUCAAACUUACCAUAGACUUUGUUUAUGGCAUUUGAUGCAGAAUGCUUGUAAAAAUUUAAAUACUUUGUUUAGAGGUGAGGAAAGAGUUCACAAUGCUUUGACAAAAUUUGUUGACCACAUUGAGGAGGAAAGUGAGUUUGUAGCUGCUUAAUAUUCUAUGCUUGAUGAGUAUGACGCACAUGAGAAUGAUUGGUUGGCCACCACAUUUAAGAUUAGAAAGAAAUGGGCAUAUGCAUAUGUGAGAUCGGCAUGGUCUAUAGGAAUAUGAAGCACACAAAUCAGUGAAAGUUAUAAUGCAAGAUUGAAAAAUUAUUUGAAGUCAGAUCUCAAUAUUGUUCAAUUUUUCACAAACUUUGAGAGGGUUCUUACCGAUACUAGGUACAAGGAGUGGGAAGCAGAGUAUGACCUACAAUUCAGAAUUGCACAUGUCAAAUUUUAUAUCAAAAUGUUGAAACAAGCUAGAGAAGUUUACACGAAAGCGCUAUUCAAAUUGUUUCAAGAUCAAUUUGAAUAAUCUAUUGAAUUGUCAAUAACAAAUUGUGUUGCUGAUGGGGAUGACUUUGUAUACACGGUUGAACUAGAUGAUAAGUCCAAGAAGCGUAAGGUGAAAAGGCAAGGUAUAUCUACUGUUUCUUGCAACUGUAGACUAUUUGAGAUGAAAGGUAUUUUGUGCAGUCAUGCUAUUAAAGUCCUUAGAGAAGCCAUGCUUAUCAAGGAAAUUCCUGAACAAUAUAUACUGAACAGGUGGACUAAAGAAGCAAAAGUUGAGAGUGUGGUAGACAUGUGUGGGCGUGAGAUUGAAGUGGAGUCUAAAUUGUAGCAAGCUUUUAGAUAUAGGUCCUUGUGUUCUAUAUUCACUAGAUUAUCAAUAAGGGCAUCUGAAAAUGUAAAGGCAUACCAACUGGUGAUUAAGCAAGCAAAUAAAUUGGCAAAAAUGGUUGAAGACCUAUUGCAUCUAGAAGUGAAUGAUGAUGUGCAUGAGAAAAUGCAUACCAAUUGUAAUAGACAAAUGGCCAGUUGCUUGGAGAAUGUUGAAGUUGCCAUUCCAAAAGGGCUUAAGAAGAAAGAAAAGUUUCAUCGAGGAAGACGAAGAAUUAGGAGUGCUUUGGAAAAAGCCUUACCAAGAAAAAAGAAGUCUGAUCAGGUUACAAUUCCACAACAUACUGGUGGUACCAAUGUCUUUAGUCCUUAUCCACUGCCACCCUCCCAUUCAUCAAAGGUCCCAGUUCACAUGUUUGGUAAUAAUACCUAUAUGCCAAUUCCAUAUCAUCAUGUUUAGUUACAACCACAUAAUACGCAUAUGUCGAACGCAAUGCCUUGGCUGCCUUGUGAAGAAUCUCAGUCGUCAAGUUCCCAACCUUUUCUUCAUCAAAAUAUCAUUGGAAAUAGUCAUGCUUAAAUAGAUGGCUACUGUUUUGGGUUUUUUGGUCAUCACUAGAUUUUUUUGGGUAGAUUCCAGAUGUAUAGCUAUUGUUUUUUGGGUAGGAUUCUCAGAUGUGUAGCUAUUGUUUUUUGGUCAUCAUUGGAUUUCCUGAUGUGUAGCUAUUGUUUUUUGGGUUAGUUUAGUGAACUAAGAAAUCCAAAUGUAUUAGGAACUCACUAGAGAAUGCAUGAGUUAAGGCAUGUAAAGCUAGAGGUUUUUUGUAAACCAUAACUUGUUAUGUAAAUGUCUACCUCAGUUGGUUAUGUA